GAGUACAGGCUCUCGAUUUGCAGCAAAUUAUGCUAUGCAAUAGGAGGUGCCCCAAAUCAAGUGGCAGGGAGUGCUGCUGCUUUCUUUCUACAGAUCUACCUGCUGGAUAUAGCCCACAUUACUCCAUUUCAUGCCUCUUUGGUGCUGUUCAUUGGCAAAGCCUCAGGUGCAGUUACCGAUCCUGUUGCUGGCUUUUUUAUUAGCAAAAGUAGAUGGACAAAAAUUGGCCGACUCAUGCCUUGGAUGCUGGCAUGUACACCUUUCACAGUAGUGUCCUAUUUUUUCAUGUGGUACCUGCCUCCUUUUGUAUCGGGAAGAGUUGCAUGGUACCUGACUUUCUACUGCCUUUUCCAAUCGCUGACCACAUUAUUCCAAGUACCAUAUACUGCCCUCACCAUGUUUCUCAGCACAGACCAGAAGGAGAGAGAUUCUGCAACAGCAUACCGAAUGACGAUGGAAGUGCUUGGGACCUUGAUUGGAGCUGCACUUCAGGGGCAGAUUGUGGCCAGUGCUCAUGUCUCUCAUCACUGCACUGUGAAUCUCCUGGUAAACACAACCAACUCCUGGCAUGACACUCCCAGCUUUCCAGACCCCUCAGAUCUCCUGUCUCAUCAA